AGAGCGCAGUGAAGGGGAAAGCCACAGGAGGGACAGCAGCAGAUUAUCCAAAUUAUCUAGCCUUCCUCGAAAUGCUAACUUUUGUUGCCAUUUUAUCGAUGACCUUGUCAUUACUAAAAGCUCAACCUUGUGCUUUAAGACAUUUCAAAAACGUCAGCGUUGGAAAUGAAGCUUUGCGUCCAUCUGAGUUGAUUUCAAGUCACAAUAUCCAGCGCUUGGGAGAGUGUCAUUUACUGUGCAUUGCGAAAGAAAAUUGUUAUGGUUAUAACUACAGAGUGAGACGAAGCAGUGUUUAUUUUGUAAACUGCCAACUUAGCAACAGCACAAAGAAGUGGAAUAAAACAACGACUAAAUAUGGACCAUGGGUUUACUACGAGGAUGUUAAGGUGACGGAAGAUAUUAACGAAUGCUCGCUUGGGACAUCCAAAUGUCACGUGAAUGCUAGGUGUAUCAACACCCUUGGUUCUCAUGAAUGCAGAUGUAUGCGUGGAUAUUCUGGAAAUGGAAAAAUGUGUUCAGCAAUAAGAAUGUUCCACGCUAACUUUACAAGUCUUGGAGCAACUGGUCGUCUUGGUCCUUCAUCUCUGGGCUCCUACUAUGUGGGGAAAGAUAAUGACAACAUGGUGACUCUCAAGAAUGGGACACAGUUCUGGACAGUUCCCUACACUGGAACAUAUGAAAUCACUGCAGUUGGUGCAGCUGGAGGAUAUGAUAAAUACGGCUCAACUGCUCGAGGUCGUGGGGCUUAUAUGAGGGGUGAAUUUAACUUUGAGAAAGGAGAUGUCAUUAAAAUAUUGGUUGGACAGACAGCUCCAAUGAAUACUGCAAGUUCGACGUCAGGGGGAGGUGGCGGGUCAUUCGUAGCAACAUCGUCAAACACGCCGCUUAUUGUUGCUGGGGGCGGGGGUGGCGUUGAAAAUCUCAGGAACAGAAUGGAAAACUGUGAUGCAAAUACAAGAACAUCUGGAAGAAGAAAUCAAUGUGAACGCUCGUGUGCCAUUUGGUCUGGGGGGAAGAAUGGGAGUGGCGCAUUAGAAGCAGACAAUGAUUACUCAGGUGGUGGUGGUGGUGGAUUUUACAGCAAUGGACGCAGCAGUUCUCAUUUUGGCGGUUCCUAUGGCCGAGGCGGGGAAGGAGGGAGAGGAUUUAUUCAGGGGGGUGCAGGAGGACGUGCUCGCUAUCAUAAUGCUGUCGGUGGAUUUGGAGGAGGUGGAGGGGCGUAUGGAGGCGGAGGAGGUGCAGGAGGAGGUGGGGGAUAUUCUGGUGGAGCAUCAGGAAAUAAUGAUAAUCAAUCUUGUGGUGGAGGAGGUGGUUCUUACAACUCAGGAAAGAAGCAAGCAAACGUAGAAGACGUGAAUGAAAACGGAGAUGGUUAUGUCGAAAUAAAACGUGUUGUCUAAAACAUUAUCGGUUUUUAAUUUGCUAUGUUUAGUGAUCUUUAUCGCGCUUUGGUUGCUG